CAAAAAAUGAAUUUUAAUGUCUGGAAUGUUAAAGAGAUGCUCAGCAUCCCCUCAGGCUCUGGGAUCACUAAACCAUCUAACUGGAAUAAUAAUCAGACUGACUGUUCUCUCAGUGAUUCCCAGUUCCUCUUUGGAUCUCAGUUCUGUCCUGAAAAUUCAGAGACUCUGUUACCAUCCUUGGAUGCUGGUGCUUACUUAAGACACCCCAAACAGACACAGCAGAAUUCUGUGGAUAGUGAACCUAGUAUUUUCAUAAAAUACCAGGCAAAGCCCCAAUUGCUUGGAGGCGAUACAAAAGAUGAAGGCUUAUUUUCUCUUCCUUUGCCGGUUGGGAAAUCAAAAGGACUCUCAAAACAGUUUGAGGAGAAAAAACGAAGGGCAUCGGACCAAUCUGACAGUGAGACCCUGCACAGCUUUGUUUCUCAAUUUCCAGAAGUUAUUAACAAGUUGCAGACAUCUGUGGAAAAGACUGAGGCACAUCUCAGCUCUAGAAGCCAGUCUAUUUUAGAUUCUGUGGAGACCAUAGCCAAGACUUUUCAAGAGACUGCACGGGUCCAGCACGACCUGAUGGUUGAGUCAGUGAGAGACAAAGGCAGCGUGGAGCAGGCCAUCCUUGAGCUCCAGCGGACAUGUGCAGCUAGACAAGCGGAAUUGAUGGAGAUGAACUCCACCCUGAAGAACCUUGAAGUUUUAGUUGUGGAGCAGACUAAGAACCUGCAGCAGUUCUGUGACAACCUGAGCCAGCUCAUUGUGCCCGCUAUCCUAGAAGAGCUGAAACAACUCACCUCUGUGCCUCAGGUGGCUGGGCGUCUGAAAGACAGCACCUCUCAGACCUCACCAUCUCUGACCCAGAGCCUCCAUUUUACCGGGCAGGAAAAGUAUCCCUCUGAGGAGCCAGCUACUUGGCAGGCCCAGGAGGCUCCUGCAGGAAAUCCCAGUACGAGUUCCCAGAGGCCUGGGGAGUGUGGUGUCUGGGAUGAAGGAGCAGAGAGUGAUGUUUUUCAAAAGACUGCAUUGCCAACAGAUGGGCUCCAUAGAGGCGAUGGGCAUGUAAAGAACAAGACCAUGCGGACUUACUGCAAGAACUGGGUUAUGACCACCAGAAGCCUCAGUAGCCACUUCUCUAACCUCCCAAGCCAGAAGGCUGCCAAUGACCAAGGUCUGACUGCCCAAGGAGCUUCACAGCGGGACUUAAGUAAGUUUGAAGCCAGAGUGAAGAAUGCCUGCCCCGAAUAUGGGCCCCAAAGCAUGUGUUCUUUUGACUCACUUGAACAGUCAGCAACUGAACAGAAAGGCAGGCCCUGCAGAAAAAGGAGGAGAGGCAAGAAGCAACAACCCAGGAGAUCAAAGAGAGGCGGGCUUCUAGAUAGGAAGCAAGAACAGACCUCAAAGAAGGCCUGUGCUUUCAUAGCUAGGCAUCACUGCCCCCAGUCUCCAGUUUGUAAUCCACAGGGGCCCCUCAUCUGUUGGCUGACUCCGAGAAGUUCCACAAAAUCAGCCUGUCACAUUUUGGGAGGAACAGGAGAGACCAGUCAGACAGCAAGGGCAGCACAAGGGAACCUCUUGCAGCAUUCCCAGCGCUCUUCCACAGACAGCAGCUCCCAGGGAGACCAGCAGAUAAAUUGGUUCAGUGACCUCAGCCUUGAAAACCUAGAGCCGCCUCUGUGUAAGAAGGGAGGGACAAAUUUGCUCUGUGACCCAGAUUUUGAUAGCAGUGAUGAUAAUUUCUAACCUGCCAACAGUGACUUUAGCUGAUGGCUUGUUAUCUCAGAACGACAAACUGUAGGACAUUGGAUUGAGCAACAGCACACAGCAUCUGAAGCUGGUUUAUCCAGCCUCAGAAUCAGAGGCUUGACUGACUGUGACCAGUAGGAGGAAGGGGAGAAUCCCAUACUCUCAGUAUCAGUCGCUGCUCACAACGGGAAGUUACGGGGAAGCAAUGUGUGGAGACAGUGAAGAGAGCUCAGGGAGUAACCUGUGGUGAGGCAUCAGAAAGUGGCUGCAUGUCCUUGGUGAAAAGGGCAUUGACUUCCUUAUGGAAUACGAUUUAGAAGAACUCUCAGAAACUUUGAGACUAUGUGAGUAGCUCUCAAGACGUUCCCUGCACCUGACUGGUACCUUUCUUAGCCUCAGCUUUGUCUUUUCCCUGAGAGGACAUGUUACAGGGUACACUAUUAGACAGAGGUUUAUUAUGCAGCCUUGGCUGGCUGUGAAUUUAUAAUUCUUCUAUCUCAGCCUUCAGAAUGUUGGUACUAUAAACAUGUCUCGAUUCUCAACCGUAAAUGAGACUACUUAAGAACAGAGUGUUAAUCCUGGUGCUGGUGAUGCACAUCUUGAAUGUGCA